GCUUGAUGACGUAAGGGAGUCGCCUCUUGUUCCCGCUGCCGGAGGGAAGGCGAAGGAGCCGGCGGCCUUCUGCAAUGCCCGCUUUGGAGGGAAGGAGCCCGGAGCCAGAGAACUGCCAGGAGUCGAGGGAAGGGGCCUCGCCAGGAGAUAUCCCAUGCUGUCCCGCCAUGUACAGAGACUGGGCAGAGAGAGGAAUUUCCACUGGAAUCUUGCUCAAAGCCUCCUCCAGAAUGGGCAACCUCUUCAGUGCAUAAAGAGAACCGGACACGAUUCGUGGGCUUUUGAUCUCUACACACAUUCUCAGGACUUCAUUACUGGCUGGAGGCUUCCUCUGUCCUGGAACUGGCAGCUCCCCACCUUUGUGCAGAAUUGUUCCAUCCAUUUGUGUGCUGCUAAGAUGAAAUCGGAGGAUGACGAGCCAUCUUUAAAAAGGAAAAAAAGCAGUGGGGAUGAGGACAUUAUUUUCAGUCCUGGUGAACUCCUGAAUACCUCUUCUUCAAACAAAGCACCAUCAUCUCAACAUAAGGAAGAAAGCACGAAAAAAUCAAGAGUAGGUUUGCUUAAGCGACACUGGGAAUACUUCUGUCAGCAAAGCAAAAAAAUGAAGACGAUUGAAGAAGAAACACAACUCAAUCAGGAUAAUAAAGACUCACGGGAAAAGUUUGAUUUUACUGUUAUGUCAUACAACAUCCUUUCCCAGGACUUGUUAGAAGACAACUCCCACCUGUAUAAACACUGUCAACAUCACCUCCUCACUUGGAACUAUCGGUUUCCCAACAUUCUUGCAGAGAUCAAGAAACUCAAUGCAGAUGUACUUUGUUUACAAGAAGUCCAAGAAGACCAGUAUGGAACACAGAUCAAGCCAAGCUUGGAAGCUCUGGGCUAUCAUUGUGAGUAUAAGAUGAGGACUGGCAGGAAACCAGAUGGCUGUGCCACUUGCUUCAAGACCUCCAAGUUCAGCCUCCUGUCUUCAAACCCAGUGGAGUUCUUCCGCCGCAACAUCCCGCUCUUGGACAGGGAUAAUGUGGGCCUGGUGUUGCUCUUGCAGCCUCGGUUUUACUGCAAGACUGGUGCCACUAUUUGUGUGGCCAACACACAUCUGCUGUAUAAUCCAAGACGUGGGGACAUAAAGUUGACCCAGCUGGCCAUGAUUUUGGCAGAAAUUUCCAAUGUUGCCAUUCGGGAAGACGGGCGCUUCUGCCCCCUUGUCUUCUGUGGUGACUUCAAUUCCGUCCCUCAUUCUCCACUGUACAAUUUUCUAACGGAAGGAAAGCUGAAUUAUGAAGGACUGGCAAUAGGGAAAGUAUCUGGCCAGGAGCAGUCUCCAAGGGGCAAUAGGAUACUCACUAUCCCCAUUUGGCCUCAGAGCCUUGGCAUUUCUCAGGACUGUAUGUAUGAGGAGCAGGAGAGGCAACUGGGAAAAGAGAAAGAAAAAAAAGAGAUUAAAGAAGAAAGUUCAAAAAAAUCAGAGGAUAUCCUAAUAGUAACAGAUAGGUUACCAACAGACUUACAUCACAGUUUUCAACUGUCUUCAGUCUACUCUCAUUAUUUUCCUGAAACUGGAAUUCCAGAAGUAACAACUUGCCACUCUAGAAGCUCAGUCACGGUGGAUUACAUCUUCUAUUCUGCAGCAAAGGAUGGCAGAACUGAUGGAUCAGGAGCUGGAUGUGUUUUUGAUGGCGGUCUGAACCUCCUUGGUCGAUUGUCUUUGGUCACUGAGCAAGAUCUGUGGGCAGUCAAUGGACUUCCCAACAAAAACAACUCUUCUGAUCACCUCCCACUCCUCGCUAAGUUCCAGCUGGAGGAAUAACACCCAGAUCAUUAAGACUGGUUUAUCUUUCCUCCAUCCACAAAGACUCAAAACAACUGGAGAGAACACGCCUCCUUUGUGAGCUUUUUAAAUAAGACAUAUUUUGUCAAUUAUCACCAUCACACAGAUAAAGAAGCAAAUUCUACUUUUACAUCAAGGCAUCUUUUUAAAAAUAAUGGAAAGUAUUUGUGCUGUAUUUUUUUAAGAAAUUCAAUUGGUUUUCAAAGUUAUGAUAUAAAGUGUUUUUUUU